UUAUAUACACAUAGGUAUAUAUUGUAUAAGUAAUAUUUUAUAGUGUAUGAAAUUUUUUUAUUUUAUAAAACUGUGAACUAUUCGGUUGUGUGAUUUUUUCUCGUUGGAUACCUAUAUUUGUGUUUUGAGAUGAUUGUAUAAUCAACGUACAACGCAUUUAUAGGAUAAAAUAAUCAAAACGACCAAUAAUUCGGGUUAUACAAUUGCAGAGAAUUUAUGGAGGACUAAUAAAUCAUCGAGUAUUAAAAUGAGACAGGAAACGCCUCCAAUGGAAUCCGAUUUGCCUUUUGAUUUCAAUUCAAUCAAAGAAGAAGAAUUUGACAAAUUUGUCGAUUACAUUGUAUUGGAUCAACCAGCAGAUCCAAAUAACCCAAAUCGAGCAGAAAGUUCAUUACCUAGAAAUCUUAAAUUGAAAAAAAUUGGAAAAAAAAUUACUGGCGUAAAAAGUGCCAUAUACAUUCCAUUAGGUACAAGGUUUGGACCAUUAGUAGGCGAAGUAUGUGUCAAAGAGCACGCACCAAACGGAAAACGGAAAUACUUCUGGAGGGUCCAACUUAUGCUAGGCCAAGAUAAUUUCUGGCGGAAAAUGCGCCAACAGAUUUAUAAAGAGAACAAACCGUUCUAUUACAUAAACACAUACGAUGAAACGAAAUCUAAUUGGAUGCGGUACGUGAGUGCCCCAUAUUCACCACAAUCUCAGAAUCUGAUCGCUUGUCAAUGCGGAACUGAUAUAUUUUUUUACACAAUCCGACCAAUUUUUCCAAAUGAAGAACUUCUUGUUUGGUAUUGUCGUGAAUUUGCUGAACGGCUAAACUACCCAUCAAGCGUUGAACAGAUGAUACAGCGAAUGCAAGGAAAAAUACAAACUUCGACGUCUCCUACAUUACCCAUGUUAGCCGACGGUGCUGAUACAGUGUCAUCAUCAUCAACUCCUUCAACACCUCCACCAUUGCCAACAGAUAGUGGUGAUGUUACACUCAAGACCGGUAAUCGCGUCCACUGGCAGGACGAUGAUAUACGUAACGAGUUUGAUAAAGCAAUGACUAAUAAUGCAACUUCAAUGCGUCGUGUAGUAAUUAGUCCAGUCAAAGAAUACAUUGACAAUGGAAAUGCUGACGUUUUGCGAUUAGAUGGGUUACGACUGAGACCUGUAGAUGACGAAGGAAAAGCUCAAGGAUACGCUCAAUCUCAUUCAGUACGAUCUGAUGAAGGAUAUCAUAGCCACACAUACCAUGAUGAUGCACCCACACCACCCGAACAUUUAUCGGAUUCUGAUGACAGUUCCAACUGCAUUUUGGACUACAGCAAAAAAUCGAAAUUGCCAAAACCCGACGAGGAAGCAGUUGAAGUUGAAACUAACGAGUUUCUCAAGGUGAAAAUUAAAUUACGCAAAGCAUCUCAGUAUAGAAAGGAUUCAGAUCAACCACAAAAAGAGCAAACACCACCUCUAGCCGUGGUGGCUGCUGAGCCAGUAAUUGUCGUCCGUUCCCAAUCACCCAAAAGAUACGCUGAACCAUCAUCGUCCAGUGCGCCGUGCAAUGAUACGGUUGAAUCGCUACCAAAAAAACUUAAGCUCGAUGCACCCGUUGCGCCGCCCCCGCCAUCGGUCAUCUAUCAAUAUCCCAGGGAUCAGAAAUCAUUGUUGGAGAACCUUUUGCUGCAAAACAAAGAUACAAGUCCACCAGCAGCACCUGCACCGUCGAUGACUCCCCCACCACAAAUGCCGGUUACCGACCCAACUUACAUACAACGUAGCGGCUAUGUCAACGCGUCGGUCAGUCCAGAUUCGUCUACCAAAGUAUUGUCACCUUUACACCAGAUGCACCGUAGCCCACCACCACCGGCAAUACUCGUGUACCCUACGCCUCCUGGUCAACAAAUGCAAUACAUGCCGUAUCACCACCAAACGCAUUUAUUCUCACCACAGAACGGUGGUGGCUAUCAGUGCCACUAUCCCGGAAAUCACCCAGUGGAAUCCAGUGCCAGCAGUCCGCCGGCGGGCUCCAUGUCACCGGAUGACGUGUCGCCGUGUGGAAGUCCCGGCAGCACCAGUAACUCGCGUGGGUACAGAUCUCUGCCCUAUCCGAUCAGCAAGAAAAACGGAAAAAUGCACUACGAAUGCAAUGUAUGUCGCAAGACGUUCGGUCAACUGUCCAACUUGAAAGUACACUUGAGAACGCACUCCGGCGAAAGGCCGUUCAAAUGCAAGACUUGUGGGAAGAGUUUUACACAGUUGGCCCACCUGCAGAAACACAACUACGUACAUACCGGAGAACGUCCGCACGAAUGUGAUGUGUGUCAAAAACGGUUUAGCUCCACUUCUAACCUUAAAACACAUUCGAGGCUACAUACCGGUGACAAACCGUUCGUUUGCGAGAUAUGUUCGUCGACGUUCACUCAACUGGUGCAUUUAAAAUUGCACAAGCGCAUCCAUACCAACGAGCGACCGUUCACCUGUCACUGUUGCCAAAAAUCGUACAUUAGCGCCAGCGGAUUGAGGACCCACUGGAAGACCACUUCCUGUAGGCCGCCAUACACGGGCGGCAAGGACGAUGCAGCCGAACAGCAAAUUUCCAGUCCUGAUUACCAGGCGUAUCAUCAAAAUAAUUACUCGAACGGUAUAAUGGAACACACUGACGACACAAAUCAAAAUAUUUACGGCGGACCACACGUUGUUGAUAAACAUGAUGACGACGAAGACAUGUACGCCCAUCUGCGACCACAUCAUCAACCGGCACUGACGCCCGUCCAACCGGAAGAGAUUCAACGACCAUCGGUUAUCGAACAGAGGCACUUUAUUGAGUGCACAUAAAGAGACAUGAUUGCAUUUUAAGGCUAAGGAUAUUAACUGUGUAAUAUAAUUUCAAAGGCCGUAACAAGUGAAUUCGACCACCAUUACCAUUAUUGGCCCCUCCCCUCCCGCAAACGUAAAAGGCUAAUUAUUAAAGACGUAUUUUUUUCUGAUAAAAAUCGAUAAGCUCAAAGAAGCCAAAUAUUUAUUAAUAUGAAAAUUUUGUCAAAAUAAAAGAGGAAUUCUUUUCUUAGAGCAGAAAAAAAACUGCGUUUGAAUUUUUUUUUUUUAAUUUAGCGGUCAAUUUAUAGACUUAGCGAAAUGUACUGAUUGUUAAUUUUGUAUAGAUGUUUAGUUUUGUACUUCUAAAACAUAUAUAAUUAAAAUGUUCCUAAUUUUGUUUCGAGU